AUGGCAAAGCGCACCCUAGACGCUUUCUUCAAGCCCGCCGUCGAGGCCGCAUCUAAAAAACUCAAGACGGAGCCAGACACACCACCAGAACCCACAGGACCCCCGGAUACGCACGCCAGCUACCCAACUCCAAUCCCGCAGCUCCCCUCGCACAUCACCGUCAGCCUCGAACAUGGAACUCCAGCCCGCGAAGGCCGACGCAUAACCGACCAGCCCGACCUCGACCUCCUCUACUUCCAACCCUAUAUCACGCGGACCACAGCAAAUGAACUAUUCAAAUUCCUCCGUCGAGACCUGCCCUUCUACCGAGUCCAAUACAACAUCAAACGAGGCGGAGUCGAAACAUCAAUUAACACACCACGCUACACAACCGUCUUCGGAGUCGACGAAACCGCCACAUUCAUCCCACGACCCGAAGUCAAUUUCAAAGAUGAUUAUGAAGAUGAUGGAGGGGAAGAUCCCGAGACUCUAGCUCUCGUCAACGCAACGAGCAACACACCAAUCUCCCCCUCCAAAUACCAAUACACACCCCGCCCUAUCCCAAAAUGCCUCGACGGCCUCCGCCGCCUUGUCGAAUCCGCUACAUCCUCCAAAUACAAUUUCUGUCUAGUCAACUACUACGCCAGUGGCAAUGACAGCAUAGCCUUUCACUCAGACGACGAGCGUUUCCUCGGCUCAUCCCCCUGUAUCGCAUCCCUGUCCCUAGGCGGGGAACGGGAAUUUGUCAUGAAGCACAAACCCCCUUCUAACGGGACACAGACACCGGGACAAUCACACGUUACACAGAAGGGUGCGGGCCGCCCCGCGGGACAGCUAAAGAUGCCGUUGGCGUCGGGCGAUAUGGUGAUAAUGCGGGGAUCGACGCAAGCGAAUUGGCUACACAGCAUACCGAAGCGGAAGGCUGGCGGAGGAGGAGGGAUACAAGGACGGAUUAAUAUUACUUUUCGACGGGCUGUUGUUCCGGCUGGGACGAACAAUUAUUAUAACUAUAAUGUUGGGUGUGGGAGAGUUUGGAGGUGGGAUGAAGGGGUUGGAGAGAUGGUUGAGCAGAGAGAUAAGGAGGAAGAGAAGGACAAAAAGAGGGCAAAGAAGGGGACAAAGAAGGGGACAAAGAAGAGGACAAAGAAGAGAACGAAGGAGAAGACGAAGGAGAGAACGAAGGAGUGGACAAAGAAGAGGAAAGGGUUGAAGAGAUUAAGGAUACCACCUACAUGUCCCUGUUAA